AUGACAAAAAUCUUUGCAUUAAGUUCAAAUGUAAAAGAAGGCGAUGAGCCGAAAAAACUGGAAGGAAUCAAAAUAUCGUCCACUACGCCACAAGCUGCUUUCUAUCCGGUCACUCUUCCAAUCUCGUCCAUUGUAGCCAAAAAGAGAUGUGGAACAUCUCAUAUAGCAAUCAUAUUGCUAUCUCUAAUUACCAUUUCAUUUAUCUUCUAUGUGAUUCCCGAUUUCUUCUAUAAAAAAGUCCAUCAUCUUGUUUCAAAUGAAGUUACUGUAAGUGGAUCAACAUCAUCAUGGAUACAACGACCUGGUAGACAUCAUGUGGCAGAAGAAGAUACACGUAUCAUACCUAAACUUGAUUCAUCAAAUGUACCGGAAAAAAUGAAUAGAAUAAUGGAUCAAAAUGUGGACAUGAUGCAGAAUAAUCGUAUUACCGAAAAACAUGAUGGCGAAGUUACAACAAAUGAUGGUGCAAGAAUGAAACAAUCGGAUGAUUUGAUACCAAACCGUUUCGAAGCGAUGAAAGCGAUUGCAACUUUACUCAAAAUUCCUGGUGUUCAAAAAGUAGCUGUUGUUCAAAAUAAUGGCAUAGUACCUGAUAAUAUGAUGAUGAAGCCUGAAAUUAUACCCGCUGAGAAAAGAAAUAAUCCAGAUGAAUUAUCGCCAUCAAUUAUAUUACCAGCAACAACUCUAACUCAACCACAACUUCCACUUGCACCACAAACGGAAAUGAAAGAGUGGGAAUUGGUGAACUAUCGUCGAGCAAUACGGGAAUGGCUGCUGCGCCGUGAAAUGUUCAGAAGGCGAAUGUUAGCUGAGAUGGAACGAGAGCGGAAAAUGUCUGAAUUCAUUGUAGGACUACAGCUACAAGAGCCGCAAGAACUGCCACAAGUUGAACCACAGCAAUCAAUGCUACCAAUAUUUCCAUUUGCGCAAAUGCAUCCACCAGCAAUGAUGUUGAUGAAUAAUAUGCAACCAUUAAUGGAAGCAAACCAGCGUAACAUGCCAAUGAUACCGAUGAUAUCGCCGCCCAUGAUAAUACCUAGAAUUCCGCCCAUGCACCCAUACAUGAUUCCUAAACAACAACCGGCAAUAAUGCCAAUCAAAUUGAUGCCACCACAGAUGAUGAACAGAGAAGAGCCGAUAAUUCAACCUGUUGGGUCGAAUCCAGGAAAACCAAGUGCUACACCAUUGCUAAUUCGUGAUGAUACGAUCAAUAGGCUUGAUUUGGAGCAGAAGAAAAUACCUAUACCUGUACCUGUAGUUGAUCAAUCAAUACCAAUGACACUUGAUGGCACCCCAGAUCGUGAUACUAUCUUUAAAGAGUUACUAUCACGAGCACAGAUGCAACAGCAGAUGUCUCAGCAGAAUGUCCUGCCGGCGGUAAUGGUACCACCUUUAGUUUCAAGUGUAGUUCCACCAGCACAAAUUAAUUCAGACGAGAUUUUUCGAGAAUUGCAACACCGUGCUCUCCGAAUGCAAAUAGAGCAAGAUCGAUUGGAAGCAGAACAACAAGCGGAGAAAGAGAAAAAUGUCGAUACUGAAAUACCAGUACUAAUGAUUGCUGAUACAUUCCCGAGACGACCGGUUGAAACGGUGGAAGGGCAAACAUCGGAAGAGAUUGCUGGAGCAACUGCUGCUGCCAAUAUCGAGGCAACAACGAUGAUCGGCAAUUCCGGCAACUCAUCGGAAUCUCUUUCUACCUUCAAUUUUUUCGACAAAGGAAUUCAUGAAAAUGAAAGUACCAACUCUCCUGAUAAAGAACAAGAAAUAACAAUGAAGAACGAUGGUGUUAAAGUUGAACCAGAACAUUCAUUUGAAGAAGAUACUUUGGGUGAUGUGUCAGUAGCUGCAAAUGAGGGGGUUGGAUUGAUUGUAAAGCCAGACAAUGCUGCACCACAAAUCAAUUUCAUUCAAGAAUCCACUGCAAGUGAAACUCCAAUAAAUAUGGAUAAUAUCUCGGAGGAGGCUCAAUCAAAACUGCUCAAACCAGCAGUAUUCCAAGGUGAAUCGGAUGCCAAGAAUGGUGAUGAUAUGUUGGGUUCUCCAAUAAAAUUGCUCGAAACUCCACAAAUCCAAUAA